AUGGCCACCAAGGAACUCACCUACCAGGAUGUUGCCGAGCACAACACCAAGAACGACCUGUACAUGGUCAUCCACAGCAAGGUCUACAACGUGACCAAGUUUGUCGAUGAGCACCCAGGUGGUGAGGAGGUUCUGCUGGACGUCGGUGGCCAGGACGCCACCGAGGCCUUUGAGGAUGUCGGCCACAGCGACGAGGCCCGGGAGACCCUGGCGCAGCUUCUGGUUGGCCCAUUGAAGAGACAGCCCGGCGACCCCAACCCGUCUGUGGCUUCUAAGACCGGCGCCGUUGCGCCGCAGGCACAGACGGCCGCCUCUGCUGGCCUCGGCAUUGGUGUCUACGCUGUCCUCCUCAUCGGCGGCGCCCUCGGCUACGCUGCCUACCAAUACCUGCAGCAGCAGCAGCAGCAGCAGCAGGUGGCCGCUUGA